AUGCCAAAGAAGCAGGCGGAGGUCGACGAGAAUCCUUCGAAGGCCGGCCGGCAAGCAAAACGCCAGGCUGCUGAUGCUGCGGACAAUGGCGCCGGCCCUACCAGCGAGGCCCCGGCUGCCAAGCGGCCACGCGGUCGACCACGCAAGGCCGUGGCUGCAGAGCCGCUAGCGCCGAAGCCGGUUGCGACCACCAAGGAGGCUCGCAAAUCACGGAAAAAAGAAGGUGCCGCGGAGCCCGCCACCGAAAACCCGUCGACCAGCAAGGCUGCGACCAAAGCCCCGAGAACGGGCCGCAAGAAGGGCUCGAGGAGCCCCCCUCGUAGGAGCGCCAGCGAUGCGGCUAGCGAGGCUCCGAAACGCCGCAGGGCAAGCAGAAAGCCGCGAGAGCUUGGCGACGCAGUCCGCGAGAACCCACGAGAAAAAGAAGAGGCGCCGAGAGAGCCGCCGCCGCGCCCGGUCUGUCUCUUCAUCCUCGGCCACAAGCUCGAAUCGGCACGGGAAGCGUCGCCACGCUCACAGCCACGCCUCCUCGGGCCGCGGAGGAAGGCGCGCCAAGGCAAGGAGGAAGGCUUCGAGCAGCGGAUCGACAACGAGGCUGCCCGCAAGGAGGCUGAAGAGAAAGUAGGAGGGUGA